AUGGGACAAGACUCCAAUAGCGUGGACCGUGACCUCGGAAAAUCACCGUCGCCUAAUAACCCACAGCAUAGGCGCGGCUACCAGGCCUGCGAUCCCUGUCGCAAGCGCAAAGUCAAGUGUGACUUAGGCAGCGUUGAUAAUCCUCGACCACCACCUUGUGUACGAUGUCGACGCGAAAGCAAGAGAUGUGAAUUUUCAGCAACUCGUCGCAAGCGUAAACUCUCCGAACCUCCGCAGGAGGCCGAGGAGCCUCCCAUUCUGCACCGCGACAAGCGGAUGAUGAUCGGUGAGGUCGCUGCGAAGAAAGAAGCCUCUAACGAUGAAUCUACAUAUAUUCCCUCUGAACCGUCCUUUGAUAGUGAUGGAUACCGAGCUCGCCAACGCUGGCCUGAAGCACCACCAGUACCACCAGCACCGGCAGCAGCUGCGACUGCGGCUGCGGCAGCUUCCCAGCGAUACACACCGAGUGCACCCAUAGCUUCACCCGCUCGUCAUUUUCUGGAAUCGAGGAACCCGCGCAUACCUAUACCUAAUUACUCGGGUAAUGAGAGGAGCUCAACCUCGGGAUACGGAGGCCCGCCUAUGUUAAAUCGUACUGCAGUGGAAUUAUUAUCGCCAGCCAUCACUAAUACACACGAUGCUUUACAUUUGCUCUCCGAAGCAGCGGGGAGAACAGAAGAUAUGAAUCGCUUUGCUGCGAGGCAAUCGGUAUCAUCAUUCAACUCUGGCCCUUCUCCUCUCGCACACGUCAAUUCUCCAGGGAAUCUGAGCGGAUCUUUCUCACGAACUCCUCGAUCUGGGGUGUCUAUCGGUGGUGGUGGAUUUCAUCAAGGCGGGGGAUCGGGUAUGCCAGAUAUUCAAAUGUCCGGUGGCACAGGCAAUGCGGAUGAGACAGGCAAUACUCCAGACCCAGGGCAUGCCGAUGCUGUUCGUGCAUGGUCGCGACUGCGAUUUGUACGUGCGGGGUGGAUGACUGUCGAAGAAGGCAUGGAUUAUGUGGCCUACUACUACGAGAACUUAGCUCCAAUGAGUCCAGUGGUCACUCCGGACUACUCUCAACCCGCCAAACAUCGCCUUUUGCUCACUGAAGAACCGGUCUUGGCUGUGACGAUUCUAACAAUUGCUUCGCGGCAUCUAAAACCUAAGGGUGACGGUGCUAGCACACGGGCAUUUUACAUCCACGACCGCCUCUGGUCAUAUCUGCGUGGCAUGAUCGAACGCCUUUUCUGGGGUCAAGAAAAAUAUGAUGCUGGAGGUCCAGGUGUCGGCCGACCACGUUCCCUCGAUCUCGCGCCAACGUCUGGUAGGCCCAAUGCUAAAGGAAAUUUAAGAGCUCUUGGAACCGUUGAAGCUCUAUUGAUCCUUACAGAUUGGCAUCCCCGAAACCUUCACUUCCCUCCAGGUGACGAUGAAAACACAUUGUUAGAUAUUGAUGCUCAGGGUCAAAGCGGUGCCGAUAAGGACUUAGAUCCUGAUGGCGAACAGACAAAGACAUCACCUGAAGGUAGACUUGCUUUCCAAAAAUGGCUGGAGCCGGCUUGGCGAUCAGAUCGGAUGUCCUGGAUGCUAUUGAGUACCGCGCAAGCUCUUGCUUUUGAACUUGGUGUAUUUGAUCAUAAAAGCGAGCCGAAGGCUGCACCUGAAUCCCCUGCGGAACAUACACGCAAACAACGCCUACGAAAAUUGAUUUUAGUAUUCAUUACACAUAGCAGCGGACGACUUGGCAUUCCAUCAAUGCUUCCCUUGCCCGAGUGGGGCCAAGAUGUUCCGGGCAAUAAUUUCGAUCCGAAAGAUAGUGAUCCGGAUAUUGAUAGGAUGCAGGAUUGCUGGAUGGCUAUCUCAAAAAUUGUCUAUCAGGCCAAUCACCAGCUUUUUGCAUCCAGUGAGCAAACUACAGAAUUGAUCAAGAGUGGGAGGUAUCGCGAGCAAAUCGACUGGUUCCAGCCUCAGUUGCGAGAUUUCCGGCAGCGUCUCGAUCGUGUAAAUCGAUUAUAUGUCAAUUCACUUGCUUUACAGGCUGUUGUCGAUCGCUGGACGAACAUGUCGAACGAAUCUGCUCAAACACAACCUGGGCGGUCCGGCCCUGGUCUUUCACCGGGCAGUACUACAUGGUUCCGGACAUUAAUGGAGCUCUACCGAGUAAAUGAACAAUACAUACAGGAAGUCGUGGAUGCCUCACGCAAAAUUCUACAAACCGUUCUUGAAGGACUCGUUCCGGAAGGGCGCCUGAAGCACGCUCCUAUUCGCACAUUUUUCCGAAUUCUGUCUGGCAUGAUCUUCAUUCUGAAGACAUUUACCCUUGGCGCUCGUGAGGACGACGUGCGAGUCUCUCUAGACCUUCAAGACCGGACUGUGGAGGCACUGCGUACUUUCGUUGUCGAUGACGUGCACAUCAGUAACACUGUCGCUCGACUGCUGCAGCUUUUGACGAGUAGCAUUCGAAACCGUUUCCUUCGUUUUGCACCUCAUGAUCGCGGUGUAGAUGGUGAUGGACAGGACCGAGGCUCCGCACCAGUUUCGCGAGCUCAGUCGCCACCGCGCGAAAGUGUUUCGGGCCGCCGUGAUGGACAACAGACACCUUGGUCAUCCACACAUGAUGCAACGCCAAGCGGCAUGGGAUAUGUUGAUAGCACCGGCGGACAGCCGCCAGGGACGAUUGGAUCAUCGCACGACCCUCUUGCCAAUAUUCCUGCGCAAACGAUCAACUCAUCAAACAUGAACGUAUCAUUUAUGCCGCCACCUCCAUCCGUCUAUUACAACUACUAUGAUUCAAACUCGUCAUUGCCCGCCAAUGAUCUCGAGCGGUCGUCAUCAAAUCAUGCAAUGCCCUCACAAACCCCCGGGGAUAGCACAGGAGCAAUUACUGGUCUCCCAGAUUGGUUUGCUCUUCCUCUGGAUCAAUUCUUCAACAGCUCCACCGCGGUGGUUGAUCAAGGUCUGGGUGGGACCGGACCAAUGCUUGGCGAGUUUGACAUGUUAGAGGUUUUACUUAACGAGGGUUAUGACAGCAAUGCUCACGGGGAAGGCGAGUCGGGGGGACCAUUGGGCUCCCAGUUCCUACCGUGA